CAAAAAGCUUACUGAAAGAAAGCGAUUCAAAUUAGAGUGAAGGAGAAGAAAGUUGAGAUCAGAGCAGAGAGCAGCCCAACUAUCCACUGCCUAAAGGGGUUUUGAAGAACUCAACUUCGCAGAUUUCGAACUGGGGUUGGUGAAUCAAUGUGGUUUUUCUCGAAGAAGAGACUAUUCUGGGAAGCUGAGACGUGGCGGUGAUUGGGGAGGAGUGUUACAGCCAUUACCGCCAUGGUUGCACAUGGACGAGCACAAUCGGUGUUGUUUGAAGCUGAAAGACGAAGCUCCAUUUCCUCUGUUCCGAGCCCUCAAACGAACCCUAACUUGCCGGGGAAAAAGAGGACACCGCGUUGGUCUGAUGUUUGGUUGAAGGACACCAAGUCGCUUGAGAAUGUUAUUGUUGCUAUGCAACUUCAAUCCUCGUGUAAAGACUCUCAGAUUCCCACACCCAACUCCAAAAUCAACCCCGUCGUAAUCGCUAAUUUCUGCAAAAUCGACCGUACGCUGCUUCUUUCGGAUGAACUUCUUCUUAAGAUACUCACGAAGUUACCGGAUUCUCAGCGGAACUCCAACUUUCUUGUCUGCAAGCGGUGGCUGAAUCUGCAGGGUCGUAUUGUACGGUCGCUCAGGGUAAUGGAUUUGAACUUUCUCUUGUCGGGUAGGUUGAUUUUGAGGUUUCCGAAUCUUAACCGUGUGGAUUUAGUCUCUGGAUCUUUGAUGUGUUCUAGAAAUUCUGGUAUCUUGUUGAGUAAUAGGAUUCAUUCAAUGCAUGUUGAUUCCUGGUUUUUGCCUAUUCCGGGUGUUGGUGAGGAAAAUAUUCUUGACAAUAUGGUGAUUGAUAGAGGGCUGAAAGCAUUGGCCGAUGGCUGCCCAAAUUUGCGCAAAUUAGCUUUUAUUGGUGGAAGUGAGUUGGGAUUGUUGAAUGUGGCUGAGGAAUGUGAGACUUUGCAAGAACUUGAAUUGCACAAGUGUAAUGAUAAUCUGCUGAGAGGAAUUGCUGCUUGUGAGAAUUUGCAAAUUCUGAAGUUGGUUGGAAAUGUUGAUGGUCUUUAUAGUUCUGUGGUUACUGAUGUUGGGUUGACUAUUUUGGCUCAAGGUUGUAAGCGACUGGUGAAGCUCGAGCUUAACGGUUGCGAGGGAAGUUUCGAUGGCAUUAAGGCUAUUGGACAGUGCUGCCAAAUGUUAGAGGAACUGACAAUCUGUGAUCAUAGGAUGGACAAUGGAUGGUUGGCUGGGCUUUCGUAUAGCGAAAAUUUGAAGACUCUGAGAAUUGUGUCAUGUAGGAGGAUCGAUCCAAAUCCCGGACCCGAUGAAUAUCUGAGUCCUUGUCCUGCUCUUGAGCGGUUGCAUUUGCAGAACUGUCAACUACGGGAUAAAAAGAGUGCUAAAGCAUUGUUUAUUACUUGUAGUGCUGCGAGGGAGAUUUUCAUCGGUGAUUGCUGGGGACUGGCGGAUGACUUAUUCAGCUUUGCAAGUCAUUGCUGGAGGGUGAAGUUCCUUUCUCUCAAAGGAUGCUCACUGCUAACAACAGAGGGUUUAGAGUCUGUAAUUCUUCAAUGGAAGGAGCUUCAAAGUCUUCGAGUGGUAUCGUGUAAGAACAUAAAAGAGAGCAGCAUCUCUCCUGCUCUCUCUUCCCUGUUCUCUAUCUUCAAGGAUUUGAAAUGGAGGCCAGAUACCAAAUCUCUUCUCCCUUCAACCCUCAUUCACACCCACAUGGGAAAGAAGGGAGGUAGAUUUUUCAAGAAGACAUGGGACAUAAAAGUUCUUCCUGGUGUUCAUGGUCACUCGAGCACACGAAAGACGACAUAGUAAUGCAGUCGUUGUCUUCUUCGUCUAGGCCAUUAACUUAAUGUUGACAGUAAAUAACUAGAUUUUCAUCCUUGUAUUUUGCACAGAGGGAAGAUGAAGAUGCCUAGGUUGUUACCACGGUUCGUCAACCUUAGCGUCGGUGAACUUGCUUAUUUAUACGUCUCGAGCAAGUUCCGUCAUCUACCCCCUUAAAUACUGUAGUUUAGAACUGUACUAGUUUAGUAAAAUUGCUUUUCUUAGUACAAUUGGACACAACAUUGUAAAAGAAUAUCAUCAUUUCCUCCGUUCUUAAGCAUAACAGAACUACUAGAAUAGCUGCUGCUGAUUAA